UGAUAGGCUUAUCCUCCAUGAAUUUUUCUAAUCCUUUUUAAGACCAUCCAGGCUGGGGACCAUCACUACUUCCUGUGGGAAUGACUACAAUUGGAGUAUAGUUCUGAUCUUCUCACUUUAAAAAGGAAAUUGAAGAUAACAGGUUUGGAAAAGGGCAGCCACAAUGAUGGGGCAGCAAGUCCUAUAUGAGGAAAGGCUACAGCAUUUGGGACUUUUCAGUUUAGAGACUGUCACGUAAGAGGUGUCUUCUGUUAUUGUGUCUUCUGCCAUACAAGUGGUGUCUUGUGUAGAGAUGCCUGAUGCUAUUUUGUUCUUUAAAUAGUACUGUUUAACUGAGAUGGUGUGAGCAAUUUGGUUUGGAUGCUGCAAACACUAUUUUCUUGUAUCUGUUUUUCUUGAGCAACAUAAAGGAGGAAAGAGAUACUUCGGACCUCUGUGCCUCCCAGGAGAAACAGCAUCAAGUAGAAUUAGAGUAAUAUGGCAAACAAGAAGGAUACUACCUUUGGAAAGGGAACAUUGAAGCUGAAAUAAAAUAGGGGAUUGAGAAUGUGCUAACAACAAUGCUAGGAUUACAAUGGGAAGUGUCACACUUCGCUAUUUCUGCUAUGGCUGCCUCUUCACAUCUGUGACCUGGACACUUCUACUCUUUAUUUAUUUCAACUUCAGCGAAGAGACCCAGUCUUUCAAGAAUGUGCCCAUCAAGGGGCUUGAACCUCAGAAGCCAUUUCCUAAAAAGAUCUAUCCCCGUUUUGUCCAUGGGCCAGUACACAUACCUGAAGCUCACCACAGAUACAGUAAGAACAGGAAUCCAUUGGGAAAUGCUGCACAGGAUCCCAUCAAGGGGGAUACUGAGAUGUCUCCUGAAAUGGGUAUGAUUUUUAAUGAGCAAGACCAGGAAGUGAGAGACUUGGGCUAUCAAAAGCAUGCUUUCAAUAUGCUCAUCAGUAACCGGUUGGGAUAUCACAGAGAUGUGCCAGACACAAGAGAUGCAAAGUGUAAAGAAAAAAGUUAUCCUCAUGAUCUGCCCUACGCUAGCAUUAUAAUUUGUUUCUAUAAUGAAGCAUUCUCUGCCUUGCUUCGGACAGUGCAUAGCGUUUUGGACCGCACACCAUCUAAUCUUCUCCAUGAAAUUAUCUUGGUGGAUGACAGUAGUGAAUUAGCUGAUCUGAAAGAAGAAUUGGAUGCUUAUCUAACAAAAAAUCUUCCGAACAAUAUAAAGCUAGUCAGAAAUGAGAAGCGAGAAGGGCUAAUUCGUGGGAGAAUGAUUGGAGCUUCUCAUGCUACAGGGAAGGUACUUGUGUUUCUGGACAGUCACUGUGAGGUGAAUGAGCUGUGGUUGCAACCUUUGCUGACACCCAUCCAGGAAUCACGGAAAACAGUGGUUUGUCCUGUCAUUGAUAUAAUUAGUGCUGACACGCUUACCUACAGCUCUUCCCCAGUUGUCCGUGGAGGGUUCAACUGGGGUCUGCACUUUAAAUGGGAUCUUGUUCCUUUGUCAGAACUGGAAGGCCCUGAGGGAGCCACUUCUCCAAUCAAGUCACCUACAAUGGCAGGAGGCUUGUUUGCAAUGGACAGAGAAUAUUUCAAUGAACUUGGACAAUAUGAUAGCGGCAUGGACAUCUGGGGAGGGGAAAACCUGGAAAUAUCAUUUCGGAUCUGGAUGUGUGGGGGCAAACUUCUCAUCAUCCCAUGCUCCAGAGUCGGACACAUCUUUCGUAAAAGGCGACCUUAUGGCUCCCCAGGCGGGCAGGACACCAUGGCGCACAACUCUCUACGGCUAGCUCAUGUGUGGAUGGAUGAAUAUAAGGAACAGUAUUUUGCUCUGCGACCAGAAUUACGGACAAGGAACUAUGGGAAUAUUACUGAUCGUGUGGAGUUGAGAAGAAAGUUGAACUGCAAAUCGUUUAAGUGGUAUUUAGACAAUAUAUACCCAGAGAUGCAAAUUUCUGGUUCUAAUGCCAAAGUACCGCCCCCACUCUUUUUCAACAAAGGGCAAAAACGACCAAAAACAUUGCAACGUGGACGGCUGCUUCAUCUUCAGACAAAUAAAUGUCUUGUUGCCCAAGGCCACCCAAGUCAAAAAGGAGGACUUGUUGUGGUCAGAGAGUGUGAUUACAAUGAUCAAAAUCAGGUAUGGCUUUACAAUGAAGAUCAUGAGCUGAUCCUAAACAAUCUCCUAUGCUUGGACGUGUCUGAAUCUCGCACUUCUGAUCCGCCACGCCUUAUGAAAUGCCAUGGAUCAGGAGGAUCUCAGCAAUGGGUGCUUGGGAAACAUAAUCGACUCUAUCAGGUGUCCGUUGGGCAAUGCAUGAAGGUAGCUGAUCCGCUUAGCCUCAAAGGAUAUGUGACCAUGGCAAUUUGUGACGGCUCCCUCCCUCAGCAGUGGCGCUUUGAAAGCUGAGUGACAGUGAAGGCCCAUUUCCACAGUAGCCCAUAGUUGACCUUAUAGAGCCUGCAGUCCCUGCUGCUAUUUCUGAAACGGAACAGUUUGGGAAGCUUUAAGAAGCAAGUGGAAUAGGAGCUGUGGCAGCCACGUUUCAAUCUCUACACACAUAGAAGUGCAAUUCAUGUAAGUUUUUUGCACUUCCCUGGCAAAUGUAGCUACUCUAAAUAGUUAGACCAUUGUAUUUAAUUAGGAAAGAAAAUUAAUAUUGAAUAUUUCCAAUAGUCAGAUGA